ACACACACAGUAUGGGAGCAUGCACACACAUACAAACCCAUGCACACGUCAGACACAAUGCAGUGUUUGGUUGCAAAUAUUCAGUUGUUAAUGCACAAAAUAAUCAAUCAGAUCAAUCUAUUGAUGAAAAAAGGGGAAUAGAUUCGAAAUUCUCAAACAUUGAUUAUAAUACACAAAUAAUAACACCAGUGCACACACUCGCCCACACCCUUCACUUCCAUCUCCGAACCUGUCUGUCUUAGUUGUCGAACAGAGAAUAAACUUCACCCAUCAUCUUCUCCUCCAGCCCUCUCUAGCUGAUAACCGAUCAGGCCUGACCCGAUCGGCCCGUCGUUGCCGCAGUGAGCGCCGUUUCCCUGCUGCCGCUGGGUUCAUGCGUUUUGUUCUUCCUGCCCUCUCAGCCGGCCUUCCCUUGGCCAUUUUGUCUGGUAUCCGCCGUUGCUCCCCCCACGCGGCGCGACAACAGAGCACCACUCUGUAAACUGCCCCCUGAACUCUUCCAGUUAAUCAGCGCCCAAAAGGUUGGCGCCGAAUGGAGCCGGCCAUUCGCUCACGCAGCGGUGUGUACCGGCCGCGAUGCCUCAGCCCUGACCCCUCGCCUCUGCGACGCUCGAAUGCUGUAGGGAACAAAGGCAUGUGAUGUAGUAAAAAAGGUUCGAGGAGUGGGGCUGAGGCAAGGCUCUGCAAUCGGCAGCACACUGUUGCACUGGUGACGGCUUCGGCUUUCGCGCUUCUCUUCGGUGGAGGACAUCCGGCUUGGACUACCUCUGUCCUCGGGAGUAUGUUGGCGAGCUUCCGACUCUUUGACAGAACUUGGUAACCGCACGUCAAGGAGACGGCUCCACGGCCCAAGGAAACGGCUAAACACGUCAACCAGACCGGAUACCGGACGCCCUUCCACCGGUGUCCUUUACACCCUGCUCCUGCACAUGUUCCUCUCCAGCGGACGUCUGUCAGUCCGCACUCAGACAGAUGUCUCCAGGCUCUGUUGCUCUCUAGUCCAUGGACUCUUAGGAUCCUUCCUGGUCAGAAAGGUGAACUGAUCUGCUCCGGUGGGCCGAGGUGGAUUUCCAAACAUUGGUGACGAAUCGACCGGACAAGCACCCGUGCCAUUUUUGUAGUAGUUAUCCCUGAUUGAUUAUUUUUCACCUCAAUAACGUUGGCCUUCUAGAUGACCGCGUCCGCUAAGGAUAUCCGCCCAAUCACGUCAGAGCUCCGCCUCAUUCAUCACCCCACACCCCCUAGCUUCCCGGAGCGCGCCACCUCCCACCGCAUGCCAGCACUUUGAUAUGUGGGGAGCCUGGGGCCCCUGCAGAAAUCCAACGCCAACCCAGACUCCAAACCCCGCCCCCCCCGUCACCACGCCCACCUCCUCCUCCUCCUCUUCCUCCUCCUCCUCCUCCUCCUCCUCCUCCUCCUAAGCCUCCUCCGCUCGGCGACUCAUGACCUCCGCGGGAGCCAGGUAGUCCAGACCAAGCCCACCGAAUGCCUCUCAUCUGAACCCCCCCCCCCCCCUCCCCCCCUGUCCCAGUCCCCAGCGAGGCAGCCCCGCCCGCCCGCCGGCCCGCCUGACCGCGCGCAGUGGGCGCAUGAGCUCCGGGCGCCAGUAGCCAGGGGGCCCCGCCCACGCCAGCGCUAUCGUGGCCGGCCGUCAGGCGGAGGGCGGCCAUCGGCGGCGGCCGUCGCCGUCGUCGUCGUCGGCGGCCAUGGCCCGGCUGAUGCUGGGCCGGACCCUGGAGCGCAUCUGCAAGGGCGUGCUGCUGCUCUGCCUGCUCCACUUCCUCAUCAUGAUGAUCCUCUACUUCGACGUGUACACGCAGCGCUUCGACCUCUUCAGCCGCUUCAACAACGGCCGCAACGGCUCCCGCUCCGGCGGCGCCGGCGCCAACAACAACGGCGGCACGGUGGCGGCGGCGGGCGGCCCCCACCUCUACCUGUACAACCUGUCCCGGCCCAACGCCACGCUGGCCGGGUACCUGGCGGCCGGCGAGCAGCUGCUGCCCAGCGUCAAGCCCUCGCCCAAGCCGCUGCCGCCGUGCCCGGAGAUCCCCCCCGGCCUGGUGGGCCGUCUGCUGAUAGAGUUCAGCUCCCAGAUGACCAUGGAGCGCGUGCAGAAGGAGAACCCCAACGUGACGGACGGCGGACGCUACACGCCCCCCGACUGUCGGCCCAGAUGGAAGGUGGCCAUCAUCAUUCCAUUCCGUCACCGAGACAACCAUCUGAAGUACUGGCUCCACUACCUGCACCCCAUACUCAGACGACAGAAGAUCCACUACGGCAUCUACAUCAUCAACCAGUUGGGCGAGGAGACGUUCAACCGCGCCAAGCUGCUGAACGUGGGCUACACGGAGACCCUGAAGGACGGCGAGUACGACUGCUUCAUCUUCAGCGACGUGGACCUGAUCCCCAUGGACGACCGCAACCUCUACCACUGCUACGACCAGCCCCGGCACUUUGCCAUCGCCAUGGACAAGUUUGGCUUCAGGUUGCCGUACGCGGGCUACUUCGGAGGGGUGUCCGGACUCAGCAGGAAGCAGUUCCUGAAGAUCAACGGCUUCCCCAACGAGUACUGGGGCUGGGGCGGCGAGGACGACGACAUCUACAACAGGAUCACUCUGAACGGAAUGAAGGUGUCCCGGCCGGACGUCCGGAUCGGCCGCUACAGGAUGAUCAAACACGAGAGAGACAAACACAACGAGCCCAACCCUCAGAGGUUCAACAAGAUCCAGAACACCAAGAACACCAUGAGGAGGGACGGCAUCAGCUCCCUCACCUACCGGCUGGUGCAGGUCAAGAGGUUCCCUCUGUACACCAACAUCUCGGUGGAGAUCGGGAAGCCCCCGCCAAGGCCCUUCAAGGGAUAGAGACGGGGACGGAGAGGGAGGGGGUCAGGGAGACGGAGUAAGAGAGAGAGAAGACACUGAGGUGGGACAGCACUCGCUCAGGCUGCAGUGAGAGAGAGAGAGAGAGAGAGAAAGAGAGAGAGAGAGAGAGGAAGAGAGAGAGACA